CGGGAAGGCGGGGCAGGGGCGGGGCGAAGCGAGGCGCAGCCUGGGCCCGUGUGCCCCCUUCGCGGCUGCCGCCCCCCCGACAUUCCUUCCCAGCCCCCCGCCCCGCGGUCCGUGCCCGGCGCGGCUCGGGGGUCGCUUCCUGCCCCGCAGGGAGGGGCCCUGAGGCGCUGCCAUGGCCGAGGGAGCCGAGGCGCCGCCGCAGCGCUUCAGCGAGGACGAUUUCUACUGCCCCGUGUGCCAGGAGGUGUUCAAAACGCCCGUGAGGACCGCCAACUGCCAGCACGUGUUUUGCAGGAAGUGCUUCUUGACAGCUAUCAGAGAAAGUGGAACACAUUGUCCUCUCUGCCGUGGGAGCGUGACUAAAAAAGAAAGAACAUAUCCCAAAAGGGCUCUAGAUGUUGAAAACAGUAUGAAGAAAGCUUCUGGGGGCUGUAGAUGCUGUGAGAAGCAGGUUAGAUUUUCGUGGAUGAGACAGCAUUAUAAAACGUGUAAGAAGUAUCAGGAUGAAUAUGGUGUUUCCUCUAUUAUUCCAAACUUACAGAUUUCCCAAGAUUCAACAGGGAACAGUAGCAGGAGUGAUGCAAUAUCUGAUAAUGGCGGGAUGGCUAAUAAUCAAAUACUUCAAGGAGAAACAAGUGGACACCCAACCUUCAAAUGUCCCUUGUGUCAGGAAGCCAAUUUUACCAGACAACGCUUACUGGAUCACUGUAAUAACAGACAUCUUUAUCAGAUAGUUCCCGUAAUCUGUCCUAUUUGUGUAUCUCUUCCUUGGGCAGAUACUAACCAGGUUACUAGAAAUCUUGUUAGCCAUCUAAAUCUAAGACAUCGGUUUGACUACGGAGAAUUUGUGAAUCUUCAACUUGAUGAAGAAGCCCAAUACCAAAAUGCAGUUCAAGAAUCCUGUCAUGUGAACUUUUAAUGUAUAGCCCCCUCUUCAUCUUACUGGUUAUCUGAUAGAAAAGUGACAUUAAUUCUGUGGGUGAUCUGAAGUGUAUAUUAAUAAAAAUGAUAUUCAGUAACCACUCUUCAGGCUUAACUUUCUCCUUGUGCAUAAAGACUUCUCAUAAAUGAUUUUGCUGAAACUCAAACUUGACGUUUUUAUGGAGAUCUGUCCCAGUGGAAUUGGGGACCUUUUUGGAACUUCACUAUUGUCUUGGGUUUCUCUAACUUCUAUGACUCUGUUAAUUACAUGGUUUCUUGUAUUCAUGUCAGAUAUUUUAAUUCACCAAAAUGAACUGUGGAAGUAACAUCUGUAGGAAGGCAAGCAGAGAUGCUCUGUUGUGCUGUUGAAUUUCUUUAAGUUUAGCUGUCAUCUGCUAAGAUAUUGCUGAGAAUUUUUUUCCUCUUCCUGCUUGAAGGAAGGACAAAGUUUUAUUUGGUGUUGUGAUUGGUUUUUACUCUUACUAUGUGAAUGAAAAUAACACCAACUUCAGAAAUAAAAGUAUUUGUUUUCUGUAGAACAGGUUUUAUUUUUACCUUUCAUUGCGAAAGAAUUAUGCCAUUGCCUAGGAAUAAUUGCAUCUAUUUGUUCCCCUUUUGGAGCAUAACUGAAAUAGUGAUGGAUGAGGAGUUUUCCCAGUGUUUCCAUCUACGAAGGAAUAUGGUCCCCCUGACAUACUUUCUGAGCAGUUCAAGGUGGCAUGUAAAAGGUAUAUGACUGUGGCCAACUGUUUUUUUCGUUUUGUUUGGACCUUUUUAAGAAAUUCUCUUGUUGCAUUUGGAAUUCAAGUUUUCAUCUAUUCUGUCUUUCAUGGAAGGCUGUGUUAACUAGAGAACUAAUUGGCUUCAGACCCAACAACACUCGGGAAUGAAGUUCUUUCAUUUGGUAGGACUGUUUAGAACUUGGACAUCUCCUGCAUCCAAAGCCUUGAAAAAACAGUUGAGAAGAAAAACUUCCUCUAAAAAGUUAUGAACAUGUUUUAAGACUUUGUAUUCUAGAUUUACACAUUCCCAGCAAGACCAUCAUUAAAAGCAGAGAAAACAGAGCAAUAACGCAAUUUUGAAUUUAAAUGGAAAGUUCGUUUGUAAAAGAACUUCAGGGUCUUUUAUUUAAUACUAGUGGGGAGAAGGGGGGGGAAGCUGCAAGAGCUUACGUUUUGCAGGUUCAGUUAGACUGCUGUGAAUGUAUAUGCUUUAGGAUUGGCUCUUCAGCCUGUGUUGCCGUCACCUGUUGUCAAACUACUGUUCUUAAUGGGUAUUGUAUACUUGGUGGAGAACAUUCCCAAUAACUUUCUUUGUUUAGUUGGUGGUUUAUGUAUAAUAAUAUCAGUUGUGCAGCUGUAGUACAAUCUGCUGCUUGUGCCCUGGCUCCCAUUUGCUCUCUAAAUAGGGGGGUUGAAUAUUCUUUAAAUAUGGGGAUAUUUUAUGUUCCAAAACUGCUAAGGUUGCAAUGCCUCAUUGUGCAAUGUAAUGGGUUUCAGAACUGAAUUGUAGUUCUAAUAUGUUGAAUGUUGGAACUAAAACAGUAUAGACUGUAACUUGACAUUCCUAUCUUCUUUUUUUUAAGAGUGUAAAACAUUGAGUGUAGAACAUUACUUAAGGUAUAGCUGGCUAAAAUACAGAGAAAGUUGGCUAUUUUAACAAUGUCUAAAGUUGAUACCCUUUUUAUAACAACCUUGUCUUACAUUUUGUUACUGGCUUAAUAUGGUAUUUUGGCAGCAGGCCAUGCUUUGACCUUGUACUUCAGCUUCCCUAUGUGCCCCUCAUGCUCGUCUGUGUAUUCCCAGUCUGUCAGUCUGUCGCCUGUGGUGCUUGUGUGACCACAUACUGGUUUGGAGUGGUGCACUGAUCCAACUGAAAACAUUUGAGUUUUAACUUUAUCUUUUCCUCUAUAAAGCCAACUAUGAGUUUCAAGGUAGCCUAAUGCUAAAGUUUUAGCUUUUUAAAAUGAAAAUGCAUACUGUGGUGAUUUUAUUACCGCGUAAGUUUUCUAAGGAAUGUAACAGUUACAUUUAAAUUUAUUUAACAUUUUUAGAUUGGAUAAAAUGUUUGUAUGAUCUGGCAAUGAAUACCUACAGCCAAUACAGAUUCAGAACACCUCAUGGACACUGGAACUAGUUAUUUAUAUUACUUGAACAUAUCUUGACAGUUGCAAAUGAAAUUACAUCUAUUUUAAAACUCUGGGAAACAAAUUUUUCUAUAGCAAUAAUUAGUUGUCACUUGAUGCAUAGCUGCUGAGCAUUUUAGUAAUUUUUAAAUGUUGAGAGACUAGAAUUCACAUUUUAAAUCAACAAAUGUGUAUAAAUGCAAUACAAAAAAAGUCUUGCAAAAUCUUUGUCUUUAUUUGCAUAUGUUAAAAUCUGUAUUGGCAGGCACUGCCAUGCUUAAGAUUUUAUACUUUUAAUAUGAAGAAAUUGCAUCAAAUACAUUCACUAAGUAAGCAUUUAAUGAAAAUGAAACUUUAAAUAUGCUGCUGCUGGUCAUCAUCUUUGUCACUAAAGCUCAGACAUGCACAAAAAAGCUGUUUAUUCAUGAUGGGUGAUGCUUCUACUCGAAACAAAAUCUUUACUGGAAGAUUGCUGCUUAACGAUGUUUUCAUGUUCAUUGCAUUGUGUAUGGUUUCAAUAUGGUAUGUUAUGUUCUAAUUGUACCUUACAUUUUUUCUCCUAUUAAAGUGUUUUAUUUACUGGU